AAGAACAAAGUCCGCAAUUUUUGACUCUGAAUUUAUUGUAUAUUUUAUGGAAUGGAAAUUACGCAAAGGUGGAUCUAAGUCAGUGUUAUACUAGCCUCCUUUCUUUUCAUGUUCGCAUACUUGUGAUUAUUAUUAUUACUAUCCGUCUCUCAGUCUUUUUAGUGGUGCAUUUUUUCAGCAAGAGCUUUCUCAAUUUCAAUAGAAAUCAUUAAUCCAAUAUUUUCAUUUUUAUCCAAAUAUUAUUUAAUUUCCUAUCUUAGAAAAAAUUCGAAAAAAUGUUCAGAGUUAAUUUAAAAUUGCAGAUUCAAAAAUUUCAAGUUUCCAUAUUUCAAAGUACUUGAAACCCUCAAAAAAAUUUAUUUUUAAAUUAAUUUGCUUGCAGAAUCAUCACACUUUUAUGAAUGGAUUACAUUAAUUUAAAACUUGUAAUGUGAAUUGUUUUAUAUUAUUUUUCAGAUUGUUUACUCGAAGUGUUCACCUGUCGGCAAGAUAAUUAGCAAUUUCAAUUCAGUGGACCUUUGAACGUUAUUUUUGUGAUAUUCGACUCCAUUCAACCCUCGAUUAUAAUACUUUUGGGAUAUUUAUUCUGGGUAUUUAUAACCUUCAGAUCUUUUGGCACCUUAGAAUAAAUUACUUCAUAACUUUCAUUUUCGAUUGAAGACUAUUGCUACAAAUCAAACCAAUUCCGAAAUUUAUAGAUCGGUUAUCGUUCAUUUGUUGACUGAAACCUUCAGUUCGUCGAAAUUUUCCAAUUUCUGAUCUUAAAUUCACUUUUGAUUGAUUUAUUAUUGAAAAUUAACCAAAUUAUUUCUUCUGAUUAAAAUAUAAAACUUCUGCUAACUUCUUAUUUUUGGUAAUACAUCUCGCAAGGAAUUGGCAAUCAUAUUUAAUUUGACGCAGGUUUUGAGUUCUGAGAGGUUAGGGGCUCUCGAAUGUUCUAGUUCUGUUUAGUUAGUCUGCUUAUUCUGUUUAGGUGUUUAUUGUUGCUUAAACAGAACGAUUAAACUGCCUUAUCGCUCUCCAAACAAACUUCUCGACACAUUCUUUAGGAUUUGGACCCCAUUUCUGAAAUUAUACUCCAAUUUUACCUUCGAUCUUUUAUGGCCCAGACAAUGCCUACAAUACUUGCACCUAUUCUGUCCAACCAAUACAGCACUGCAGACAUUAAAUAGACCAGAAACCCUAAAAUUAAUCGCCCUUGUUCGAGACCAAGCUUCUAGUAUUUACCGCUUUUCAACCCAAUCACAAUUCACAAUCACCCCCCCCCCCCCUCACUCUUCUGUGAAAGGUGAUAAAAGCGGUGCUUUUGCCACAUCCACUAUCUUAUCUUCAUCCUCUAUUUUAUUGUUUGUUAGUAAACUCCCCGGUUUAGUAUCGACUAGUUAGUACUUCAGUACCGCCAAAGCUUGCUUGCAGUUCUGCUUAAUGACGAAAAGAAUACCAAUAAAGCAAAAAUCUGUUCCUGAUUUCCUUUGAAGAAAAAAAACGGAAUCAAUAAUUACCAACCCAUUGAAGAUUUAUUUACUGUGUUAUUUAGAAGCACUUUCCAAGAUAUAUUUCCAAAUUGGCUGAAAAAGCAAUCUGAAAUUAAUUUUGAAAAAUUUUGAAAAAAUUCAAGUUUUAUAUUAGUUGUUUCGAUUUCUUAAUUUGUUAAUUUAUUUAUUUAUCAUCGUUAUUUCCUUUGUUACGAUUAAUUAAUUAAUAGUGCCACGAUGGCUGGCAAGAAUGUCAAAGUAUGGACCUUGGCGGUGUUCAUGAUGGCCAUGACUAUGGUCCCCACAGGUCACAGUAUGGCUAGUGGUGAUGUCCACUCGGACGGGUACUUGGGAGAACUAUACAUGUGGGUGCUGGACACCGAGAAACUAGUCGGCUACACAGCCAGUUUUCCUUACAUCCGGAGCGGCAAGAUCCAGAAACAAGCAGUGUCUCAUGUAUUCGAUGUGGACAACGACGUCAAUAGCUCCCGAUUCCUCCUCAGUUCUCAGAGUGACGUCAUUGUGUUCAACAUCAGUGCACGAAUCUUUCCCAAAGUGGACGGGGUCAUUGACCCCAAGAUAUACUUCCAGGGUAGCCAGGCGGAGAAGACUUCGCCAGAUGGAAAUGAAAUCACGAUCAAAGGAAAUUUGGGUGUGAAAGGCUUCAACAAAACUGUUGACAUAGUGGCCACGUGUGACCCGAAUAAGCAGCUCAACCAGAACACUACGAUGCGAAUACGGAUGACCUUCACGUUCCAAGUGAUCAGCGGUUCUAAGUCCAACCCCCCUGUGCAAGUGGUGGUGAACAGACGCAAGAAGUGCUUCCUGUCCGCCGGCAAAAACGAAGAAUUUCUCUCUGGCAAGAACGCAUCUCAAAUAUCUGACUUACCCCUGGGUUGGAACCCUCUAGAGCCAAGCAGCAGCAGUAGCAUCUUCUUCGUCUCCGUCGGUAUAUCUCUAGGGGUCAUCUUCAUCAUCUGUGGGGUGGUCGUGUUCUACCAUUUCACCACAUUCAAACCACAGCAGAGGAAGAACCAAUUCUAUUCUGAGUUGCCAUUCUCCGACCCGAACAACGCAUACACAGCCCAUGGUCACGUGCCCAUGUUCAUGCCCAAGGGGGGACUGAGUCCAGCAGGACCCGCAGUAGUGGGGGGACCAGUUAGCUACACUGCCAGUACAGGGUUAAACACAACUGGCUCAGUUCACUUGUUCCCCGGUGGGUCUAACAUGUCUGCAGUUGACUCACCGUCGCCGUUUUUGAAUCAGUCCAAAAUCAGCGAUGCUUCUGCCAUGUCUAAUUCGAGAAUCGUGGACCCCGCUUUCAACUUUGUUCAUGCCUCUUACAACGCGCCUCAAGGUCAAGUGUGCUGCUAUGCGGCCGCAACACAGCUCCACCCGCAACACAGCCGCAGUGCCGGAAGUCCAGCGGCAACACCGACCGACCUCCAGAAGACAGAAUUGAGUGGCAAUAGUGCAGACAGUGGUCUGGAUAUGACUGGCCAACCGGGCGGUGUUUUCGCUUUGAAGUUCUCCGACAUUGAAGUGGCUAAGGAGUUGGUGACGAUCCACGAAAUACUUCAAGAAGGUACAUUUGGAAGAUUGUGCCGGGGCUUCGUGACAAUUCCCCGUGGACCAGAUAGCAGUCCGGAUACUCCAGCUGAAAGAGAAGUCUACAUGAAAACAGUUGCAGCAAAUUCUUCAACCGCCCAGAUUGACAUGAUGUUGCGAGAGGGGGGCAAGUUCCGCCGUGUGAACAACAAGUACGUGCUGUCUCUAGCGGGCGUGGUCACCCCCAACUAUGUCUCAAACAAUUCUGUCAUCUCCCCUCCCAUGCUACUAUACCCUUACUCGGAAAACGGAAACCUCAAACUGUUCCUGAAGCAGCUGCGAGAAAACCACCAGCCCCUGACUACUAAGGAGGUGCUAGGCAUGGCUGUUCACAUUGGCAAGGCAGUGCAGUAUCUUCAGGAGAAGAAGAAGAUGGUAGUGGCUGAUUUGGCCACCAGAAACUGCGUGGUGGACGGGAGACUGGGUGUGAAGAUAACGGACAGUGCUCUGGCUAGAGACGUGUUCCCCUCCGACUACCAUUGUCUGGGGGAUGAGUUGAACAGACCUGUCAAGUGGUUGAGUCCAGAGGCACUCCUCACCUACUCCUCCGAAGCCCCCGGCGAUGUGUGGUCGUUCGGAGUGGUGGUUUGGGAACUGUUGACGUUCGCCCAGCAGCCCUACCUGGACACAGACCCCUUCGAGAUGCUCAACUUCCUCCGAAGUGGGGAGCGACUCCUGCAGCCUCUCAACUGUCCCGACGAACUGUACCACUUGAUGGAAUCCUGCUGGACUUGGGACUCGGAGGAGCGCCCGAAGAUCCACAAAGUGGUCUCAUAUUUGACAGACUUCAACAAGACUCUCGGAGCCUAUAUUUAAAAUAAAAAAAAAACAAUCUCUCGUUUCAGUUCAGUUCUGACGAAACUCGAUUUGCGAUUGCAUAGUUAUU